AUGUUGGAGGCCCUGGGCAGGAAGGUGGUGGAGGUGUACAGGAGCUGUGCUGGGGACAGUGAGGCCAACCUGACCACGCUGCAGAUGCCGACCAACAUCGAGGGCCGCUGGAGAACGUGGAGCUGGUUCCCAGGGACCGCAUGCUCAUGGCCAAGAGGGUCAAGGAGAAGAAGAAGAAACUCAGGUGGGUCAACAGUACAUUCAGUUAGUGGUCCUCUGUAGCUCAGAUGAUAGAGCAUGGUGCUUGCAAUGCCUAAACUGUAGGUUCGAUUCCUGGGACCACCCAUACGUAAACUGUAUGCACGCAUGACUGUAACUCACUUUGGAUGAAAGUUUCUGCUAAAUGGCAUAUAUUAUAUUAUUAUUGUUUAGCUAAAAUAUCAGGGUACGUUUGCAUGUAUGUACUACAGUAACUGACCCACUAUACCGUAACUGUAUAAUCGACAUUGGUUGGCAUACAGUACAAUAGUUUUUCUAUUUUAAGAAUUAAGUCCUCAGAGUGGAGUUAGCUAUAGGACUGUGGAUCUUAGGGCUUUCCAUAUGUCUGUAUUUGCAGGCUAAGGGAGGAGAAGGGCCGUGUGCAGAAGAUGCAGCAAGAGGAACGCCUGCGUAAAGCCCUGGAGAGAGCUCAGGCUGACAUCAAGAGACCUGUGAGUGGAACACACAGCAAUACAUACACAAUACCAGGGGCGCAUUUUUACACAAUCCAAUAUGCCGUCUCCAUUUAGAACAAAAAGUAAGACAAAAUGCCCACAGUUAUCAAGCUAGGUAAGAGACCAUUAUUAAAUAUGUUUCAGUGAUUAAUGAGACUGAACUAGAUCAAAGGUAAUUCAAUAAUAAAUAUUGUGUUGCACCUUUAACCAAUAGCCUAACAAAUUAAAAACUCUUGAAAAAAUAUGAAGACUUUUGAUUGUCUUUAUUAAAACAUCCUCUAUAUCAGAUUCCAGGCAGACAGACCAGACAGCCCAAGCCGCCUGCACGCCCAACCCCCACCAGUCUAGUCAAUAACUCAACUCUCUCCCAACACAAUUUCCUUCCCAGUUCACACCUUCAAUUUUUUUUUAUUCCCAAGGGAAAGGUUUGGAAACAAAAUACAAAACAAAAACCCCCACAUACACCUCAAAUAUACAUGAACACACAGAAACAGCAAAUUCUCCAUACAAUUACUCUCAUAGUCUCAUAGACUAAUAGGACUGUAGAGCUCUUUUUACUUGCACACAAUAUACAGUUGAAGUCGGGAAUUUACAUACAGUGGGGAAAAAAAGUAUUUAGUCAGCCACCAAUUCUGCAAGUUCUCCCACUUAAAGAGAUGAGAGAGGCCUGUAAUUUAAAUCAUAGGUACACGUCAACUAUGACAGACAAAUUGAGAGAAAAAAAUCCAGAAAAUCACAUUGUAGGAUUUUUUAAUGAAUUUAUUUGCAAAUUACGGUGGAAAAUAAGUAUUUGGUCAAUAACAAAAGUUUCUCAAUACUUUGUUAUAUACCCUUUGUUGGCAAUGACACAGGUCAAACGUUUUCUGUAAGUCUUCACAAGGUUUUCACACACUGUUGCUGGUAUUUUGGCCCAUUCCUCCAUGCAGAUCUCCUCUAGAGCAGUGAUGUUUUGGGGCUGUCGCUGGGCAACACAGACUUUCAACUCCCUCCAAAGAUGUUCUAUGGGGUUGAGAUCUAGAGACUGGCUAGGCCACUCCAGGACCUUGAAAUGCUUCUUACGAAGCCACUCCUUCGUUGCCCGGGCGGUGUGUUUGGGAUCAUUGUCAUGCUGAAAGACCCAGCCACGUUUCAUCUUCAAUGCCCUAGCUGAUGGAUGGAGGUUUUCACUCAAAAUCUCACGAUACAUGGCCCCAUUCAUUCUUUCCUUUACACGGAUCAGUCGUCCUGGUCCCUUUGCAGAAAAACAGCCCCAAAGCAUGAUGUUUCCACCCCCAUGCUUCACAGUAGGUAUGGUGUUCUUUGGAUGCAACUCAGCAUUCUUUGUCCUCCAAACACGACGUGUUGAGUUUUUACCAAAAAGUUCUAUUUUGGUUUCAUCUGACCAUAUGACAUUCUCCCAAUCCUCUUCUGGAUCAUCCAAAUGCACUCUAGCAAACUUCAGACGGGCCUGGACAUGUGCUGGCUUAAGCAGGGGGACACGUCUGGCACUGCAGGAUUUGAGUCCCUGGCGGCGUAGUGUGUUACUGAUGGUAGGCUUUGUUACUUUGGUCCCAGCUCUCUGCAGGUCAUUCACUAGGUCCCCCCGUGUGGUUCUGGGAUUUUUGCUCACCGUUCUUGUGAUCAUUUUGACCCCACGGGGUGAGAUCUUGCGUGGAGCCCCAGAUCGAGGGAGAUUAUCAGUGGUCUUGUAUGUCUUCCAUUUCCUAAUAAUUGCUCCCACAGUUGAUUUCUUCAAACCAAGCUGCUUACCUAUUGCAGAUUCAGUCUUCCCAGCCUGGUGCAGGUCUACAAUGUUGUUUCUGGUGUCCUUUGACAGCUCUUUGGUCUUGGCCAUAGUGGAGUUUGGAGUGUGACUGUUUGAGGUUGUGGACAGGUGUCUUUUAUACUGAUAACAAGUUCAAACAGGUGCCAUUAAUACAGAUAACGAGUGGAGGACAGAGGAGCCUCUUAAAGAAGAAGUUACAGGUCUGUGAGAGCCAGAAAUCUUGCUUGUUUGUAGGUGACCAAAUACUUAUUUUCCACCAUAAUUUGCAAAUAAAUUCAUAAAAAAUCCUACAAUGUGAUUUUCUUGAUUUUUUUUCUCAAUUUGUCUGUCAUAGUUGACGUGAACCUAUGAUGAAAAUUACAGGCCUCUCUAAUCUUUUUAAGUGGUAGAACUUGCACAAUUGGUGGCUGACUAAAUACUUUUUUCCCUCACUGUACACCUUAGCCAAAUACAUUUAAACUAAGUUUUAAACAAUUACUGACAUUUAAUCCUAGUAAAAAUUAGGAUCACCACUUUAUUUUAAGAAUGUGAAAUGUCAGAAUAAUAGUAGAGAGAAUUAUUUAUUUAAGCUCUUAUUUCUUUCAUCACAUUCCCAGUGGGUUAGAAGUUUACAUACACUCAAUUAGUAUUUGGUAGCAUUGCCUUUAAAUUGUUUAACUUGGGUAAACGUUUCGGGUAGCCUUCCACAAGCUUCCCACAAUAAAUUGGGUGAAUUUUGGCCCAUUCCUCCUGACAGAGCUGGUGUAACUGAGUCAGGUUUGUAGGCCACCUUGCUCGCACACGCUUUUUCAGUUCUGCCCACAAAUGUUCUAUAGGAUUGAGGUCAGGGCUUUGUGAUGGCCACUCCAAUACCUUGACUUUGUUGUCCUUAAGAUAUUUUGCCACAACUUUGGAAGUGUGCUUGGGGUCAUUGUCCAUUUGGAAGGCCCAUUUGCGACCAAGCUUUAACCUCCUGACUGAUGUCUUGAGAUGUUGCUUCAAUAUAUCCACAUAAUUUUCCUUCCUCAUGAUGCCAUCUAUUUUGUGAAGUGCACCAGUCCCUCCUGCAGAAAAGCACCCCCACAGCAUGAUGCUGCCACCCCCGUGCUUCACGGUUGGGAUGGUGUUCUUCGGAAAUUGCUCCCAAGGUCUUGGCUGACCCCUAGAUUUAUUCUAGGGGUCCACCACCCUGUAGCGCCCUAACCCAACACAUCCCGCUCAGCUUUAGGAUCUUAGUGAAACAUUCAUUAUUGGUUUCGGGUGUUUUAGGCCAAGGUCAGAGUGACAACCCACAGGACGGCAGACCUCCAGGGCCAGGACUGAGCAGCCCAGCCACUAGGGAUUUCCUAAAUAGGUUUUCAAUACAGACUCCUUUAAUCGUACUGUAUUCCAUAUAAGGCAUCCAGACCUUAUGAAAGUUACCCAGCAUACCCUUAAUCUUGUAAUAAAUCUAACCUAGUGAUACAUAACUUGACAUUUUGGGAGGAUAAUCAACUUUCCAAUUAAUGGCAAUGCUUUUUUUAGCUGCUAUAAAUGCUUGGGUACACAGUUUCUUCAGAUAACAGUCUCCAGUAUCAACAUUUCCAAGCAAACAAAAACAGGGAGAAGGGAGAAACUGUAGACAUGCUGUGAUAAAAGAACAUACUCUUUGCCAGAAUUCAGCCAGCCUUCACAAGACCAUAACAUAUGCAAAUAUGUCCCCUUUUGUGUUUUACACCUCCAGCAGAGGAAUUACAUUUAUGAGUGCAUGUAAUUCAGUUUCACUGGCAUAUAGUAUGUUCUAUGGAUGGCCUUAAACUGCAGUAAUUUAUGUCUGAGAUGAUAUGAACAUGACUGGGCAUUCUAACAUAUCUGUAUCCAUUCAUCAUCAUCAGUAGUGUCUACCAGGUGUUCCUCACAUUUUUAUUUUACAUGUUUUGUGUCAUCGGGAAAAGCCUCUAUUAACCCUUGAUACAGUUUGGAAAUCAACUUUGGAGGUUUGUCAGACUGCCUUAAAAUAGCAUCUGGCUUGUCCAGUGUUUGUUGGACAGAGAGAAUAAAGUGUUGUAUCUGCAAAAAUUCACCUCACCUCUGUCACAGACUGGUCUUCCCUGGCUGCCUGACUCUGCGGAGACCCCUGUCACCAUCUGAUCCUCCUAAAUGAGGCAUGACAAAGAAUUAUCUUGGUGUACAUUUAUACAUUAUAUUAUCCAAGAAUAGAAUCAAUGAUUCAAUAAUUGAAAUGUCCGAUAUUCCCAGAUCCCAGACUGUAGCGUUAAGCUUAAGCUGCUGUCCUGUAGCUACUGUAGGUCUACCCAUCAAUUCAAGAUGGAACUUUGUAUCAUUCACUGAAAUUGUUAAUAUAGGCCUACUGCAAAAUUAACCUGAGCUCCAUAGACUGGUCUUCCCUGGCUGUCUGACCCUGCUGGGACCCCUGUCACUAUUUGAUCCUGCUAAGACAUGAUGAGCAUACUGUAAUGUUGUGUACUGACUGCACUAGAGGACUGCAUUCCUGCGGGAUGCCUGCGGGACCUGCAGAUUUUUCAUGCUGCGGCCGGGAGUGGGUGGUCAGACAGACUUCAUCUUUUUUUCAUUAUUCACACGCUCAGAAUUCGCUGCUUCAACUUCAGUAGCCUACCUCUCCUAGUUGGGCAUGAGAGUUCAAGUGCGCCUAUUAUGUGUGGUCUCAUUGAAAUAAAGUAGACUGCCUACAUUGGUGGAGAAGCAAGUGGCAGCUAACUUGAAUAUGAAAUUAACUUAAAUAUGAUUCAACUGUAGUUUAAUACAGUGUCUGUAAAUAAAUAUUGAUAAUGAAAAGAAGUGGAGGGCGCUCAACCAACGUGAGUCGAAGUGCAAUAAUUUUUUUUUAUUAUGAUUGAAAAGGAAAAGGCACAACGCGCACAUAGGUUAGGCUGCUAUGGUGAGCGAGCGUUGCGCCUUUUCAUUUUCAAUAAAUAUUGAUUUCCCAUUUAUUUGUCUCUGCCUGCAAAUCAUCCUCCUAAAAGGUAGGCUAUAUCCUAUAGGACUUUGCAAAACGUAGCAAGUGUCGCUGUCAUCAUUCUUGCUGCUUCCAGUUCAGUAGCCAUACAUGCGAGAUCAGGUGCUCAUGUGGUCUCAAUUAAACACAGUAGGCUAUAGCCUAUGCAUGGGUGGAGAAGCACGGGCAGAUAUUAUUCCAUGGACAUGUUCUUCCUAAAUAGGCCUAUGAUUAGGCUAUAGUUUACUACAUUGCCUAGAAAUAGGACUAAAUAUUGAUCACUCCAUCUGAAAAUCUUCCCACUCUUAAAAAGUAGGCUAUAAAAAUAGCUCAAGAGAAAAUGCAAGUCUCUCCAACUCUGCUCUCUUCAAACUACCUAUAUAGCCCAGUAAUACAAUAUAAGGGCCAUGUGAGAAUCUCUGGUAACUUAAGUUAUUUUUGUGCAUUUGAUAUUGACUAUAGGGCGCAAAAUUGCUGGGACCAUGGCUGGCAAGUGAGCUGCGUCACAUACGCAUAAAAUAACAUUGCGGGACUGCGGUUGGGUUUGGGACCAGUUCUUGCGGUAGCGGGUGGGAGUUGGUAAGAAAGCCAGCAGGUGCAGGGCAGGAGCAGGAUGAAUCAGUCCCAUGCAGACCUCUACUGUGCACCAUGACAGUGAAGCCUGUAACGUUAGAGCUGUUUAUUACAGUGUCAGUGUGAAAAGUAGAGAAUUAGCUAGAUCAAUAACGUGACAUUGCCAAAAAAAAUCAGAAUGUCAAUCUUCAAUUGUUUGGUCAAUGGUUUCAUAAUUUGAUUCAGGUCUAGUGUGAUUGAGGCAAAAAUAAUAGCUAAGGUUAGCCAACUUUUGGGCAGCUCUCGCUCUAACGGUACAUCAACUGGCAAAAGUUAAUUUACUUCUGAAAUGGGACAAAACAAAGGCUACAAAACAUUUCCGUACAAAAAAAAGCUGUUAGAUAGUAAUUUUAGCCACCUCAUAUUGCUCUCUGACAGAUAGCUAGAGACUGGAACUGACCUGGCUGUGGUAGCUGCUAGCUAGCAUAGCUUAUUCAUUCACCUCAGUGAUAGCUAACGUUACAUGUAAAUUACAAUACUAGCUCAGCACUGCGAAUAAACACUAGUUUAUUUAUUUUUUGUUAAGUUAAACAGCAGUUACCUUGCCAGAUACAUCAGUCAACUAAAGAGUAGCCAGUUUCUGCUCUGCUUGCUUUUACAACUCGGUGAAAGAGCGCAACAUAUACAAACUGAACUAUGCUCAACUCUCCCGUGCUGUUCCAGCCAGCCUUCCAGAAGCUUUGCCUUCACACAGCCUGUCAGCCCACUCUGUGGUGACUGCGGUUCUAAAUCCAGCUGGCUGAACACUCCAAACAGCCUGUCCGACCGCUCUGAGGUCCUAAAGCACACCGUUGCCGCUUUUUGUAUCACAUUGCAAUGAUAAAACUGGAGGGGACAAAAAUGCAAAUUCAGAAUGUAGGGAGGACAUGACCCCCGAAAGUCCCCAGUGAAAGUUGCACCCAUGCACAGCACACUCACAGACAAUACACAAAAUGUUGGACACAGAGCUUACAAAGCGUCAUACAUGACAAGCCUUACCGGAUAUAGGUGUAUAGCUAUAUCGACACAGACACUAAUGUGAAUUUUGUGAUUUCAGACUAGGAAGAAGCUGAUGCCUGGCUCACUACCUCCGGGGAAAGAGCAGCUGGUUAACGAUGAUGGAGACACUGACAUGGAGAUCGAGAAACAGCUCUACUUCUUCACCUAG